AUGGACGGUGUCCUUGUGUGGAGAGACCUUUGUACCUACUAUGACUUUGGGGGAGACAAGGAAGCUCAGGCAACGUCACUCCUAGGGGAGCUAACCAAGCGCAAGCUUUUAUACAACAGCCCCGGUGGAUUCGACAUGUACUACAAUGACUUUGAUGUCAAGUGUCAAGAGUUAGAUGAGAUAGGGCACCCUCUGGCUGAUACCCUCAAGAAGACUCUCUUCCUACAAGGCAUAUUGGACAGGGAAUACAAUGCUGUCAUUGACCAUUGCCAGAAAGAGUCUUAUGCUACCACUAUUGACCUAUUGAGGGCAAAGGCUCGUAGCCUCGGUAGGGCCGCCGACCGGGCUCGCCGAGUGUCCAACUACCAGAGCAACUACAAAGCCCGAAGGGGACCAAAGCAGGACGAAAAUGAUGAAGAUAUAUAUGACAAUCCCAGCACCUUCCCAGAUCACGUUUGGGAACAGAUGACCGAGGCAAAUCAGAAAUGGAUCAUGGACCACCAGGACAAAGACAAAGAGCAACCAAAGGACUAUGGAAAACAGUACUCCGGGAAGAAAGGGGAGACAAAUCAAUACAAGGCAGCCAUCCCAGAGACAGACAUGAAGCAGCUCAAGGAACAGCUCAAGCAAGAACUAAAAGAUGAACUCAAUGCCACUACCGAAAAGAAUAAAAAGGUAACUAUCGUUGACGAGAAUCCAGAUGACAAGCCUCAGUCAAUCUGGCGCACACCAAAGAACAAGAAGUAA